AUGUCGCCGUCCGAGCCCAAGGGGUCUCGGAAGAAGAGAAGAAAAACCGCCAAGAUGGUCAAGGAAAACGACACAAUCGCAAUCAUCAUCAUCGUCCUCUUCUUCGUCCUCGCCCUCAUCUCCUUCGGCAUCUACAGGCUCGUCUCCAUCGCCCGCCGCUCAAUGUCCGUCACCUCGGGGUCGACCAGCAGCAGCAGCGAGAUAAUAAACGACUGA